CCACCAUCUUCAUCCAUUUUUCUCUAUUUGCACUUUAGUCCCUCUCUUCUCUCUCUCUCUCUUUCGUUUUCUCUUCAAAAAAAACUCAAGUCUUUUUUUAAGCUUUACAUCUCCAAAAAUGGCGAUUAGAAAGCCGAACAAGCUUCCUCAAGCCGCAGUACUGAAGCAAAUCCUGAAGAGAUGUUCGAGCUUGGGCAAGAAGAACAUCAACAACAAUGGCUACAGCGACGAAGAGGGUCUCCCUCUCGAUGUCCCGAAAGGUCAUUUCGCAGUCUACGUCGGCGAGAACAGAACGAGGUACAUUGUUCCCAUCUCGUUCCUGACUCACCCGGAGUUCCAAACCCUCCUCCGGCGAGCCGAGGAGGAGUUCGGCUUCGAUCACGAGAUGGGUCUCACCAUUCCCUGCGAAGAAGUGGUCUUUCGCUCUCUAACCUCCAUGCUCAGAUGAAGUGCGUGAGUACGUACCGAAAUGGGGGUAUAUUUGAAAUGAAAAGAAAAUGACAAGGUCAAGAAAGUAAUUUCACACCCAAAAAAAAAAAAAAGAAAGAGUAGAAGAAGAAGAAAAAAGAAAAAGAUGAUUUAUGAAGAGGAAGCUUGCGUUUUUGGCUUCUCUUUAUUUUUUUUAUUUUUUCAUCUUUUUUAAAUUUUCUCUCUUUUAUUUUUUUUCUUCUUAUUUUUUGGAGAGGGCUCUUGAUCUUUUUUUUUUUUUCAUUUUAUUUAUUUGUUCCUUUUUUUUUUGGAGGAGAGAGAGGUGGCUAGAAAGCUAGGUGGGUUUGUUUUGGAACCCCAUUUGGAGGGUUUUUUCUUUUUUUUUUUUUUUCUUUUUUUUGACUUUUUUUUUCUAACUUUUGAGAAACCCAUUUGAGAAAAUAUUAAUGGGUUUUGCAAUUUGUAUAAAAAUGGUUGAUGUAAAACUUUCCUCACUGAGGUUGGGAUGUUAUUAUUAUUACCCUGUGAGAGAAAUUAAUGAAGCAAAAAAAAAUAUUGCAUUAAUUAAUGUGACAA